CGCAAACGAACAACGAACCAUCGAAGUUUAGAAUUUUGAAAUUAACUGCACGCACAUUUCGAACCCUUGCGAAAUUGGCAAACGCUGCUGGCGGCGCGUCUGAAGCCGCCGGAAAGCGGAUAAGAAGCAGCAGCAACAGCAGCAACAAUAACAACGAAUUUUAAGUCCAAAACGAACGAACAAAUAAAUGCUAAACGAAAGGCAAACGCAAAAGCCAAAAACGCGAAACGAACGAACCUAAUUUUGGCGCCCUAAAACUCAGAGCAACAACAACUACGACAACAACAACAACCAUUUAAUUAUCAGCAAAAACAACAUUACAAUUUUUAGCUUUUCCAAGAAAAGUUUGCUGUAAAUAUUUAAUUUAACAUAAAUUUUCUUUAACACGCUGUUAAUACUCAAUCUAAGAAUAUAUAGCAUAUAGAUUAUAUAUCUAUAUCACAUAAUUGUUGUUCAUUUAAAUUGUUUUAAGCCAAUACGAAUAUUUGUAAAGCUAGUCAAAAAACAAAAAUAUCGAACUUAGCGUAUACGCAAUAUUUGUUCUCUGCGUAUACUUAAUAUUUAUUAAGCUACACACACACGCACACACUAGUCUAUAAGUCACGCGCGUUAUGAUGAAAAAUCUCAAUGGUAGAACGCAUAAUGCGUGCUACCAGCCCUACUAUCAGCAACAAUUGCAGCUGCAGCAGCAGCAGCAGCAGCAACAACAACAACUUUUGCAACAGCAACAACAGCUGUUGCAGCAGCAGCAGCAACAAUUGCAGCUGCCUUAUACGGCGCCAUACAACCAGCUGCAGCAGCAGCAGUAUACUCAACAGCAGUACUAUCAACAACAGCUGCAACAGCAACAACAACAACAACAACAACAACAACAACAGCAGCAGCAGCAAUUGUUACGUCAGCAACAGCCCACGCUGUCGGCCUACCAGCAGCAGCAACAACAUGCAAAGCAAUCAUACGGUCAUAACAACAGCAACAACAACGCCAACAUGACACAGACUGCACGCAGCAACAUGCAAGCAGCAACAAUUGCUACUGUGAGUGCGAACGGCAACAGCAGCAGCAACAACGCCAACGCCGCCAACAGUGCGACAGUCGCAAUGGCCGCCAUGUGCCAAAUGCAAAGCUUUUUAAGCCAGCAACAACAACAACAACAACAGCAGCAACAACAACAACAACAAUACAACAACAAUUGCGCGCAUAUUAAUUACAAUCAACAGCAGCAACAACAACUGCAACAGCAACAAUUGCCCACGGCAGCAACAACAAAUGGCGAUAAAUUAGCAUUGGAUAAUGCCAGCGAAAUUGCAAAUUUUUUGGCCAGUGAGCUUUUUAUGCAGCAGCUCGUUACAUUUGAUGGCAUGCAGAGUGCACCGACGCUGACAACGCCGACGUUGACGCCGACUACGCUGCGCACCAUUGAGGAGACCAUCUUUGAGCUGACCUCGGAUCCGCAUAUUGUGCCAUUUCAGGCGGGCUUUAAGCCACCGCCGCUGACAUCGCUGGGCGCCAUAACGAACAACAAUACAGUCACGCCCACAACGGCGGCGGCGGCAGCUGCCACAUUGGCAGUGGUCAAUUUGAAUCCGAUCAAUGCGAAUCCGCAAUUCGAUUUGGUUGGCCUGAAUUGCAGCAGUGUGCGCGACAGCGAUACGGAGGACUCCAACGGUUCCUGGAACGAUGGCCAGCUGAAUGAUGACCAAAGCACAACCGAUACUUCUAGUGCCGCGACAGACAGCACCUCGUAUCAGAAUGGUGGCCACAUGCUGGGCAAUGGGUCCAAUGGUGGCGUCAACAACUUCACCGUCGCUCUGGCGGCGGUCAACAAUGCUGGACGCGCCUCUGGCCAGGCUGGCGGCAACUCAACUACCUCAAACAGUGGCACUCCGGCGCGUCGCGGCGGCGGACGUCGCCCCAACAAGGCGGCCAACAUGUCCCCGGAGGAGGAGGAGAAGCGUCGCAUACGACGCGAACGCAACAAGCUAGCGGCGGCGCGUUGUCGCAAACGACGCGUCGAUCAGACCAACGAGCUGACCGAGGAGGUCGAUGCGCUGAUUAAGAAGGGCGAGGACAUGAAGAAGGAGAUUGAGAAUUUGAAUGCGACCAAAAAUCAGCUGGAACAUGUCCUCCAGGCGCAUCGGCCCACCUGCCAGAAGGUGCGCAAUGAUCUGCUCAGUGUGGUCACAUGUAAUGGAUUGAUUGGACCGACCACGUUGCUCGGCGCCGGCAGCUGCACGGGCAACCGGAGCCAACACAGCAACAACAACAACAACAAUAACAGCAAUAACAAUAACAGCAACAGCAGCAACAACAACAAUAACAAUAACAACAACAGCAACAGUAAUGACAGCAGCAGCGGCGGCACCAUCACCGGCUUCGAUGCCACACUCAAUUCCACGGGUCGCAGCAAUUCACCGCUGGAUCUCAAGCCGGUGCUCACCGAUGAGCAGCUGCUGCAGCACAUCAAGAACGAACCGCAGGAUGUUGGCCUCGAUUCGAGCUCAUCAUUGGACCAGGAUGGUCCGCCGCCGGCCAAACGUUGCUUUGCGCUGCCCAACAUUGCCGCGCUGACCGCAUCCCUGACGACACCGACCGACCCCGGUUCCUGUUCACUGAACACGCCCAUAACUAGCACGGCGCCAAAUAUAUUUGCUAAUUUUGGCGGCGACCUCAACAGUCCCACAUUGAAUGCACUGAACAAGCUGCCCAAGGCGCGUCCCAAUACGCUCAAUGUCCAACAGUUGCAGCGUCCAUUUGUCGUCCAGCCAUUGGGCAACGAUGGCAACAAGGCGCCACCCACACAGAUACAGGGCGUGCCGAUACAGACGCCAUCGACGGGCACCUUCAAUUUUGAUUCGCUAAUGGAUGGCGGCACUGGUCUGACGCCCGUAUCCGGGCCCCUGGUGCCCACCUGCUCGUCCCAGAACAAGCAUCCGCUGGAACUGCCAACGCCCACAAGUGAGCCGUCCAAGCUGGUUAGCUUAUAACCAGUGUAGGGUGCGUGGCGGUGGCGCGCGUCGCUAACAAAGUCAAACAUUACAUUUAGUUUUUAAUCUGUAAACAAGCAGCAUGCAGCAAGCAGCGUGCAACGUGCAGCAUGCAACAUGCGGCAUGUAACAAUUUGUGCAUACAGAUCAGAUUUACGUUUACAUAGCGAACGCUAAUUUAGAUUUAUACACAAUGUUUUCUCUACUUUUGUAACGUUAAUUUUUGUAAUUCGUAAGCACGGAUUUGUUGUCCGGCACCUGCCACGCCUAGUCGUGCGACGGUUUGGUGUGGCAGUUAGACGGAUGGGCUGGAGAGCCGAGCCGGCGUAAAAGUUCUGCUACUUUAUUUAAUAAUUGUAAUUGUUUUCCCUGUUAAAUGUGUAACUGCUUUUGUAUUAUUAUCUUUAUUAUGUUUAAUUUAUCAUUUGCUGUAUCAAUUAAUAAUAACUCUAUAUACAUAUAUAUAUACUAUAUGAUAUAUAUAUUUACUUGUAUUUUUGUGCAAUUUUUUAAACCAUUUUUCAUUUGCGUGUGUUUUUAAAAAAUAUACAUUUAGAAAUAUUUAUAACAAAUAAUGCCUAAACAUUUGCAGAAAUGUUAAAAAUGAUUUAAGUAAUGAAUUGUAGCACGUUGAGAGUGUGAAAGAAAAUGAUGAGAUGUUGUAAAUGAUGGAUGCGUUGUGAUAUUUAUUAUUAACAAGUUAAACAAAACAAAAAUAAAUUAAAUGAUAAACGAAACUUAAACAGAGCGUGUAAUGAAAGGAACUAAGCCGGUUUUAAAAUUGUACAUUUAAAAUAAUAAAUUAAAUAUUUCAAAUUACAAAAAAAAAAACUUAAUACGUUGCCUUGAUAAAGAGAAAAUAGGGAAAGAAAAUAAACAAAUGAUAUAAUAGUUUCAAAAUGAGAGAAAAUUGAGAAUUUGAAUAACUAUACUUAUACUAUUUACUAUUUAAGGCGCAUAAAACAAAUAAAAAACAAACAAAAACAACAACAAAAUCAAGAAAAAAACACAAAUAUAUUUUUACUAAACGCAAAAUGCGCUCUAUUUUCAAAUACAAUUUUUAAGAAAUGACAAACAAAACGCAAAGCAAUUAUUUAAUAUGUAAUUAUAUGUAUUAUGCAAUAAAAGAACUAUAUAUAUGUAUAUAUGAUGAUACAACAAAACGAGCAAAGCAAAUCAGGCAACAAUAUUUGAUAUAGCCUUACGGUUUAAUACGAGUAAUUCCUUCGUCCCCUAAACAAAUAAAAAAACACCCCCAUUGUGCUUACGCAACAAAUUUUAGGAUCAUAAAAAUGCGCAAAAUUUCUUGAAUUGAAAUUCACAAAAUUGUAAACAGAUAAUAAUUAAAUGCACUUUCCAAAUGGGGUAACAACCAAAAUUGUGUAAGAGAAAUAAAAAUAUAAUACAGAACAACCUAAAA